UGCUGAAGAACCAGGGUGAUUUAAGAAAGUGUAUUAUUAACACACUUCUCAUACUGUGGUGGGGAGAAAAGAUUGGUGUCUCUGCUAAUUUACUGAUUAUGGUUCAGAUCAUGACUUGUGAUCAGCAAGCCUAGUUGACUUGGAGGUCUACUUUUGUCUCAUUUUGCCUGUUAUCUCAGAUUGAUACACUCUGAUAGUGAGAAGAUUAUUGGACUUAAUGGUCGCAAAGUCCAAUAACAGUCUUAGUGUCAACAAAGGAUUUACACAACUUAGUUUAGUUUUCUACCAGUACCUCCAUUUGACUGUGAAACUACAACUGCUUUUAUAGAUAUUUUUUUUUAUGUUUCUGCAGAUAGGAAAAAGAAAGUAAAAGAAUAAGUUAUUAAAAAUAUUGUAAAAGACAGUUUGGUGUUGAAACUAAAAGAAAAUGAGUGAAAGUGUUUAAACAGUGGAUGUUAGACAUUUAUCUAAAGCAAAUCAUACAUAUUUACAUAUUAUAAAAAAAGUGGAAUUCAUCUUCUAUAUCCAGAUUGAUAUAAAAACCACGUAAAGACAUUAGAACUGCCACCAUAGCUGUAGCGAUAGCCGCUACCCCCACAUUAUUCAGGUUGUGUUCAGAUUGACAUGGCAACAGAGAAAACCAUGGUUCAAGGAAGUGAAAGUAACGGCAUUGCCCCCUCCAUCCUUACAGUACGCAUGAUUAUGCAGGGAAAGGAAGUGGGAAGUAUUAUUGGAAAGAAAGGGGACAACAUAAAGAAAUACAGAGAAGAUAGUGGUGCUAAAAUUAACAUAUCUGAUGGUUCAUGCCCGGAGCGAAUUGUCACUAUCACCGGAACAACAGACAACAUUCAUAAAGCGUUUACGAUGAUCUGUUGCAAAUUCGAAGAGCAGCCUUCCAUCUUUCAGGACCUACAAAACACGCCGACUGUGCCUAAGCCUCCAGUUACGUUACGAUUGGUUGUUCCAGCAAGUCAGUGCGGAUCACUUAUUGGUAAAGGCGGAAUUAAAAUAAAAGAAAUCAGAGAGAGUACUGGAGCUUCAAUACAGGUAGCGAGUGAAAUGUUGCCGAACUCAACAGAACGAGCGGUCACAGUGUCGGGCACAGCCGAGGCGGUGACUGCAUGCAUCAAAGUGGUCUGCAAUAUCAUGUUAGAGUCCCCACCAAAGGGAGCAACCAUUCCCUACCGUCCAAAACCAGCUGUACCACCAGUGGUGUACGCAGGAGGGCAGGCGUUUGUGAUACAAAGUCCACAGAUGCCAGUACAUCAGCCGGCUGAGUUUGGUCAUGCUAAAAUGAUGGACUCGUUGUAUGAUAGUCGCCUCAUCGCUAUGAAACAACAGGUCUGGUGUAACUGCCCCCAGGAGCCCUACGGGUAUACGUUGAACAAGUUAAAUCAGAUGUCAUUAGGACAGCCGGUUCCCAUGAUGCCGCCAACAGCAUACUUGCCAGUAUCAGCAGCCCCAGGGUACGCUCCCAUCCCAUUUCAGCAACGACCUUUACAGAACGGGCCAAUUGCAACACCAAAUGGUCAACAGACACACGAAAUGAAUAUACCUAACGAUCUCAUUGGAUGUAUUAUUGGCAGGGGAGGACAGAAAAUCAACGAGAUUAGACAGAUAUCAGGUGCUAAUAUAAAAAUUUCCAACGCAGAAGAGGGUUGUCCCGAUCGAAAAGUUACAAUAACCGGAACUCCGGAAACUAUUGGCAUGGCUCAGUACUUAAUAAACACCAGCAUGGAAUUACAUAAGACUCUUGUCCUAGAUCCUAACUCCGCUGCUACGUCCCCUACGAGUACUGUGAGCCCCACGUCUGUGAGUCCAGUGACUUCUAUGGCACCACCAACAGUAUCCCAUCAAGCAACUCCAAUGCCGAUGUCGUUAACCAUUCCAGCGAUGAAGCCACUUCAGCUUAUGGGGAUGAAUGGACUCAGUGCAAUGCCGGCAAAUUUGUCUUCUUUUAACGGCAUUAAUGGCUUGAAUAGCAUAAAUGGGUUGAAUUUUCAAUUUAUGGACCCUUUAUUGAUGGCUGGGGGAGUCCCCCAGCCGGGACCACAACCAGCUUCUAAUUUUACCGGAAAAGUGCGUCUGGGCAUGGCAGCAGUGAAAACCGGCUCGCCAAAAUUUGCACCCUACUAACAUUGACUUUUAUAUGUGCUGGUUAUGUUAAAUAGAAAUAGAUUUAUAUUUAUAUAUUUGGUUGCUUAAAUUCUGUAUAAAAACAUAUUUUGUGUACCCGCAUAUUCAGAAAUUUGUUAUACAUUAGUCAUCGAUCUUUUUAUUAUUAUUUUUUUUCACGACACCCCUGAAUGUUCUUUUAGUUUCGCUUUCAGUUGUAUAGAGCACCCAAUAAGUGUUCAUUUUGUGAUUAAUCGUUAUGUUUUUUUGUUGAAAAAUCAAGGCGAUGUUUUCAUUCACCUUUUUACCUUUAGGUGUCUUGAUCGUAAGAAAACAUUACAGUGUAAUGAUGAUUUAUACUGGAAUAAAAAUGGCAGCAGAUUUGGUUGAUGAAAAAUUCUGUUUUUUUGUAGAUUUUAUAAAGAUAAUUAGUGAAUCUGUUAAUGAUGCAGUCAAUCAUUGACAAGUUCUUGUGUUUCAUAUCCUGCACUCAUGAAGUUGUCAGAGCAUCUUAAAAUUUGAUUGGUUAAAAUUUCAAUUUCACAAAAAUAUUUGAUAAAGAGCUUGAAUUUGAUUGGUUGAAAUUCAAAUGCUCCUACAUUAUCGUCUACUGAAUCUUGAAAAUGAUCAUAUUUUAUUGAAAUCUUGCAACUGAUUGAUAGAAGUUAGAUUAUUUGAUUAUUGUUUACUAAUCUUGAAUUUAAUUGGUUAACAUAUAAAAUAAUCAUAUUUUUAUUUUAAAUCUUGCAAUUGAUUGAUAGAAAUUAAAUUGUUAUUAAAAGAUGAUUUACUUCAGAUCUUGAAUUUGAUUGGUUUUAAAUUGUGUUAUCUUUUUUUUUUCAUUUUAUGUACAUAGCUACAUAGGCCUUGGUGCAAUGAUCACCCCACUUUGUUCAUACAUUGGAUUAUUUCUGUAUGUGGGUACACAAAAUGUGUGUCUUAUAUUCUAUAAUGAUUAAAUGUGCUGUGUACAUAAUUCUAAUUAGUUUGUAAAAAUUGUGAUAAGCACAUGUUCUCCAAGAAAACAUUAACAAUACUUUGUAAAGAUAGUUAUAUGAAAUUGAAAAUGACACUUGAUACAGUGUUUAGCGGUGUUUCUUUUUUUUUUAAUAAUUUGAUAAAUCUAUAAGGAAAAAUAUGCACUUUCACGAGCAAACAGUGCUUUUUAUCCUUGUUCUUUUCCCCCCUACUGACUUGGUUAUUAAAAACGUUAUUAAUAAUGAUGACAAAUUCCAAAAAAGUGAUAAAAAUAAUUUUAGAGUAUCAAAAUUUUUAAAUCUUUGACAUAAAAAGAGAGCAUGUGCCGAAGACAAUAUUUACAAACUUAAAUACAACUGGUGGCCUUUGUCAGGGGGAUAUGUUACCUCCAAUAUUGUUUGUAAUAAUUGUACAAUUUCUUGCUAGCAUCAAGAUCAUGUGAUACACAUAUCCAGUUUAUAUUUAAAUAAGAGGUUUAUAUGAGCCGUGUCACGACAAAACCAACAUAGUGGGUUUGCGAUCAGUUUCUGUACUUGUAAUAGGGUUGGUAAGCGAACAGCAUGGAUCCUGAUCAGACUGCAAGGAUGCGCAGGCUGGUCUGGAUCCAUGCUGGUCGCAAACCCAUUAUGUUGGUUUUGACAUGACGCGGCUCAUUUAUGUAACAAUUUACCCAUGAUUCUUGUUGUGUCAUUUUUCUUUUCAUUUUUUUUCUUGUUUGUUUUUUCAAAAACCAUUUUUAAAUUUUUCAAUUGGCUCAUUUUUAUUAGAAAUGUCUUUAAUAUUUAUGUACAGUAUAUAGAUUUUAGUGUAUAACUUUAUGCCUUGUUGGUUUUUUUCCCAUCUGAAUUUAAUUAAACUAUGCUGUUAAUAGUUAUUUAACAUACAUUUUUUGUCUAAAUAAAAAUAUUAAAAUGUUAAAUAUUUUUUUUUAUUUUUUUUUUUCUGAAAUAAGAAUAUGGACUUGAUUUUAAAUGAAGGUGAUUUUUUUCAUGUUGCUUGCUAUUAAAGUCUAAAUUUGCAUUUGAAUUUUUAAUAUUUUGUUCAUUAUUGUUGAAUUUUUAAUCCCACCAGUUUUGGGGCUGUAUGUUUACAAUGGCAGUUUAUUAUCUUUCUUUUUUUUCUCCAUUUUUACAUUUCAUGUAAUUUCACAGUCUGGCAUAGAAGACCAUUAUCAUGAACUAAAGGGAGGUAAUUUGGAAGAGGUUAAAGGGGAGAAAAAUAAGAUUUGAUAAAUGUUGAAUUUAAUGAAGUCACAUGUAUGCCAUCUUCAACUUAUUUUGAUGAUUUAUUUGAAAAGAAAGGAAAUUUCAAGCAGAAGUAUUAAGAGUUCUAUAUCAGUCAUUUAAACAGUAAAAAUUACUGUAUUUUCUCAAAAUGUCAGGUACAAUAUUUUUAAUAAAUGCAUUUUUAACUUUACUAAAGGGAUAUAAAUAUCAGAUUGGUUUGUAUUUAAUAGUUAUAAUUUUGUCUUUGUGACUUGUGAAAAUAUUAACGCUUAAAAUUUCAUUGAAAAAUGUGGAAUAAAAAUUUCUUCUUUUUUUUUUUCGAAAUUCUUUUCUUUUCUUUUGAAAUAAGUUGGCAAAACUUCAUUGGGUGAAAAUUUGGUGUCAGUUUAUGUGUAUAUUGAUCUCUAAAAUGUUUUUAUUGUCUUUUUAUCAACGUGAUGAUCACUUGACCUCAUUCUUAGAAAGAAAUUAAUUGCAAUGACAUAAUUUUAUCGAGGAAUCAUUUGAUGUUAGUAAGAGCCAUUUUAAUUCAUGUAUAGUACUUAUCCAGGUCCUGUACUAACUAUUUACAUUGUUCUAUUGAAUGGUAUUCAACGGAAUAUUCAUGUAAAUUGACAAUCUGUGGAAGUUGGUUGAAUGAAUUUGUUUUAGGACACAAAGAAAAAAAGAUAUACCAUAAUAGAAUCAGCUGUCUCAUUUUAUCAAGAUAUACACAAAUGCAUAAUAAUGUACCCAAAGACAGAGAUAAUUACCGAAAUCCAUAAUUAAAUGUACCAUAAUUGACAAUAAAAUACAGUAUUUUUUUAUUUAAUAUGAAUUUCAUUAUCUUGUUUAUGUAUUUAAAAGAAAUAGGUUUCAUAAAUUGUUUCAUAAAUUAUUUCAUAAAAUCUGGAUAUUUAAUAAAUGUUGGUGUAAGUCACAAAGUUUUAUUUCUAACCAGAAAAGGUUCAUGUUUAAAAGGUCAAGGCUGAAAACUUGCAUUCAUUUUCCUAUGAAUUUGACCAAAGAAACAACAUUUGCUCACAGUAGUAUUAAAGACUAUGGAAAAUUUUAGAUAAACAAAAAAGUUCAUGAAAUUUUUUAACUCUGUUUGACACAAAUAUGGUAAUGUAAGAAAUAAUUUGUAAGUAAUAAAAUGUAAAGUUAUAUUAUAAGAUAUUUUACUUUACAAAUCUUCCUACAUUUUUAAGACAGACUAAUCCCCAAUUGUCUUAUCAACAUUCCUAUGUAUUUUUAUAACAUACCAUAUUUAUUCUGCAAAAUGAUCCGAAACUCGAGGACUGUAUUUUAUUCGUAUGAAAAUGAUUGGGAACACAAUAAUGUUUUUUACGGUAACAAUAUGCAGGGAGCUGUACUGUUUACAUAUACCCUUCAUCAUAAUGACAUUCCACUUAAUGUCUCCAUACUAAUUUAUAAUCCCUUAAUCCCCUUACCUUAUUUAAAAUCCUUAAAGCAACUUAUUCAGUUUUAUUUAUAUGUUGGUCAGUCUCCUGCUAAUUUAAUUAUGAUAUAUUUUUACUUGUAAAUAUGAUAGGCACUCCUCGCCCAAAAAAAACCCCUUACGUUCUUAGAAAUUUUAUUGUGAUUUUUACCAUAGGUGGAGCAGAAUUUUGGUUUUUAUUUUCAUGGUUAUCAUUUGUGGAAGGGAAAUGAAAUGUUACAAACUAGUCAUUAAGUUUCCAUUAUACUAAAGUGAUUCUAUUUGUCUAGUCAAGCUUAAUUGUCAGGAAACCUGUCCCACAAAAAAAGAAACUUCUUAAAAGUCAGAAUUUAAAAUUCUAUUUUUGAUGUAUUGGAAAAGUUAAGCAAUCAUUUUAACGAAGUUGAAAAUAAUGAGUCGGAAUUAAAUUGCUGAUGCUUUUGUUAGUUUCCGGCUUUCGAAAUCAUCUAUUUACCAUUAUAAACCUUAAAGAAUUUUAAGCUUAUAUUGAUUAAUCUAAUAUUGAUUUAUGUUUUAUUAUUGCAAUAUUUUAAACUGUUGCAAUACUUUCAUUUUAGUUGUUAGUGUUCAUAAGUAUUGUUAAUUGAGUUCAUUGAAGAUCAUUGAGUACAACAACAGUUCUUUGAGUUCAUUAUUUUUGUUUAGGUUUAUUAAUUAUCCUUUUUUGUCAUUGUUAUUGAGCAAUCACCAAAUAAUGUUCCUUUUUUUAGAAGAAUUAGUAUUACUUAAUUUUGCUUUAAUUAUUAUUAUUAUUUUUGUUUUUAGCUUUAAUAUUUUUCAUGUUUGUUAUUUAAAAUGAUUUUUUGUUAUCACAAAUGAUCAUUUGAGCUACAUUGUUGAAAUAAUGUCCCUAUUUCUAAGUCAGGUUAUUAUAUUUGUGUACAAGAAUUGUUCUUGAAAUCUUUAUUAUUAUAAUUAUUAUUAUUAUUAUAACUAUUAUGAUUUAUUUUAGAAAUCCAGUUAUGUGUGUAGUAGUUCUGUAAAAAUAAAAGAAAAUGCAUGUUGAUUAUUGAAAUAUAUAUUGCAUUCCUUAUUACUUUUUUUGCAUGGUUUAAGCAUGUUCAUAAUGUCCAGUAUAAAUCUAAACUACAGUUGUUUAUCCUUGUUUAUAAAGCAAUAAUUGCAAUGGAAUGACUCAUCAAGAAGUUGUGGUGAUUUUUUUUGUGGUGAAUUGGAAAAAAUAUGGGUUUGGGAAGUGACCAGUUAGGAUAGGAUGAUUUAAGGGUUAGAAGAAGUGCCCAGUUUUAAAGGCAUGCUUUGUGGGUUAGGAAAGUUGGGGGGAAGUGACCAGUUUUGAAGGUAUUGAUUUGUGGGUUAGGGAAAUGACCAGUUUCAAGUUGGUAGCAUUGGGGAAGUGACCAGUUAUGAAAGGUGUGAUUUGUGGGUUGGGGAAGUGACAAUUUAUAAGUGGGUAUGUUUAGGGAAGUGAUCAGUUAUGAAAGGUGUGAUUUGUGGGUAGGGGAAGUGACAACUUAUAAGUCAGUUAAGUUUGGGAAGUGACCAGUCAUGGAUAGCGUGAUCUGUGGUUUAGGGAAAUUACCAGUUUUAAUAGGGUCGUGUGUGGAAAGAGACCAGUAAGGAAAGGUAUGAUUUGAGGGUUAGGGAAGUGACCAGAGUUAAAUGGGUAGGGUUGGUGGAAGUUACCAGUUUAAAAGGGGUGAUUUGUGUGUUGGGGAAGUGACCAGGUAUAAAUGAGUAGGUAGAAAGUGACCAGUUAUGAGAGAUAGGGUCGGCAAAAUGGCCAGUAAUGAAAGGCUGAUUACCAAUAAUGGUAUAUGAAUAUGGAGGUUGUAUAGUUGUUUGAAAAAGAAAGGGGUGCAAGUUAUUGUUUAAUUCAUUUAUAAUAUAAAUUCAUGCAAGAUAUCUGAAUGGAGUUAUAAUUUAUGGAACAAUGGGCAGUUAAAAGGUUGCUAAGGGGUUACAGUGUUUUGACUGUCAACCAAGUGAUAUAGGGGUUUGAUCCCUACCAUAGUAAUGACCAUAGUUAUACUAUAUCAAUAUUAUGUCACUGUGAUUGUACGAGGGUGAUUGGAACACAGUAACGGCCAUUAACUUCCAUCAUGCAGUUAACACAUAUUUACUUACUUUUUUCACCAAUUUGCAAAGAACUUCUGCAAAAAAAAUCACCAUUUUAUUUCAAAUAUUGCUUUAUAGACAAUGUGCACAAGUACAAAUACUCUAUGUGAAUAUCUGCCAGUACAACAUAUCUUUAGGGUUUAUCUCUGCACAGUUGUGACUAACCCUCAUCGAUCAACUUACGCCCAUUGGUCAUUUCUAGUUACAACUGUACCGAGUUAAACCAUCAAAACAUGUUUUUGUAUAGGAGAAUACCUCUGUUUUAUUCGAAAAAUAAAAAAAAAAAGAUAGAAAAAAAAA